UAUAUAUAUAAAGAAAAGCAACCGCAAAGAAAACCUUUUCUGAAGAAUCUUCUAUUAGGAGCAUUGGAUACAGAAGUUUUUUCUCUUCCCGAACUUCAAACCGUAGACAGAUUCAAAGAUUUCGAGGCUUGGUUGAAGCCGAUUGAAGAUUAUGUAUGUAGCUGCACUGAGCCAGGCAAAGAAAAGCUAAAACGAAAUGAAAUAUUAUCGUGUCUCAAAGAUCUCGACCUAUUUCGAGCAUACAUUAGUGAAGAACAUCGUGGUUUAAAUUUGUCAGAAACAGAAUCAUUGAAGCUCAUAGAAACACUGGGUAUAUUACCUUGGUUGAGCACAUACAUGGUAAAAAAUGUUAUGUUACCAGUUCAACUAAUUUCUAAGUAUGGCUCCGAGGAUCAGAAAAAGAAAUAUUUCCCAAAGAUCAUAAGUGGUGAAAUCGUUCCCACAAUAUGUCUAAAAGAAAAGACAAAUGGUACCAAUAUUAAUAAUAUUGAAAGUUUUGCAACAUUACAUGACAAUUCGUGGAUAUUAAAUGGAGAAAAAUCAUUUGUUGUCAAUGGAGUGAAUGCUAAUCUGUUUUUAGUUUUUGCUCAAUGUACAAUGACACAUAUUUUUAAUCCACAAGCAACGUCGUUGUUUCUAGUUGAACGUGACUUUGGUGGAAUAAGUUGCACCAAUAUUUAUGAAACAAUCGGACGUCGUGAAGUACCUGUUUGUACAGUUAAUUUCACAGACACAAUAAUACCAACGACUAACAUUAUAGGUGAGCCUAACAAGGCAUUCAAUAUUAUGAUGGAAAUGCUAAAACCUGGAAUUCAGCAUAUAACAGGACAGUCUAUAGUUAUUUUAAGAAAUUUCAUAAAUCAAUUACUCGUGGAUGUUCUAGAAAUGAAGCACUUUGACAGGGAAUUCUAUCAAUUUGAGAGUGUAAAAAAAGUUUUGGCUGAAGCAUCCCAUUCCUUAUAUACUAUGGAAAGCAUGGCUUAUCUAACUAUUAAGUUAGCAGAUCUACAUGAAAACCAAGAUGUUGAGAUAGAAAGAACUAUCACAGAAACUUAUUGUGCAAAUAAAUGUUUAAAUUCUAUUCAAUCAGGAUUGCAACUGUUGGGUGCACAAACAUAUUUGAAUAAGAGUUCAUAUAUAAACAUGUAUCAUGAUGCCUUGGCUUUCACAACACUAGAUACAAAUAAUUUAGAUGCAUAUGUUUAUGUAGCAACAGCUUUCUUGCAAUACAUGGGGAAAUCUGUUUUCAAGGAAGUAUACAAACAAAGGAAUGUUUCAAAGCAUCCUUGGUACAACAUAUUUAAACUGUAUGGAGAUGCAAUGCUCCGGAAACAAAAGCUUACAGAUCAUUUUCAUCCCUCACUAACAUGUAGCGUUAUGUAUUUCGAAGCAUCUAUAAAUAUAGUUAAAAAGAGUGUUGGCUUAAUGUUGCAACGUCACGGAGCAGAGAUUAUGAACAAACAGAUCGCACUUCUUAGAAUAACAUCGAUGCUGACAGAAAUAUUUGCAAUGACUGCUAAUUUGUCACGCUCGUCGAGAUCAUACUCUCUUGGUCUUCGACAUUCAGAUAUUGAAAAAAAUUUGGCAGUGUGUGUGACAUAUGAAGGAUUUCAACGAAUUAAAAACAUUGCAACAGAAAUUGAAGAGAACGAUGUAUUAAAUGGAGACAUAUAUCGCAAUCAACUCACAGAUUUAAUAUAUAGACAACGUAAAUAUCCCAUGGAAAAUCCACUCAAUAGGAUAUUCACAUAA